AUGACUUGGAAAAUCGCUACCGUCCUGUCUGCCAUCUUGUCUCUGGGCUCUGUUGCCACUGCAGCCAUUCCCAAGACUGACUACGAUGUCAUUGUCGUCGGCGGUGGUCCCUCGGGUCUUAGUGCCCUGAGUGGCGUGUCUCGCGUGCGGAGAACUGCUUUAUUGUUUGACAAUCAACAGUACCGUAAUGCUCCUACCCGAGCUAUGCAUGAUGUGAUUGGCAACGAUGGCACACCACCUGCUGCAUUCCGUGCUUUGGCCCGCGAGCAAAUCUCCCGCUAUCCCACGGCCCAUUUCAAGAACUCCACUGUGCUGUCCAUCAAGCCUUAUGGCGACGGCUCCGUGUCCGCUUUCAACGUGACCGACGACACCGGUAUGUCCUACACUUCCCGUAAGCUUGUGCUUGGCACUGGUGUCAGCGACGUACUGCCCGAUACUCCCGGUCUGCAUGAAAUCUGGGGCAAGGGCCUCUUCUGGUGCCCAUGGUGUGAUGGUUAUGAGCACCGUGAUCAACCGUUUGGCAUUCUUGGGAACAUCGCCGACGUUCUUGGCAGCGUCCUGGAGACUAACACCCUCUUCUCUGAAAUCACCGCCUUCGUCAACGGAACAGACACACCAUCCGGCGAAGUCGCCGCUACAUCCCAGCACGACGAGUGGAAGGAGCAACUCAACGCCUGGAACGUCAAGAUCGAUAACCGUACUAUCACUCGCAUCGAGCGACUCCAAAAUGGCGAGAUCCACCAAAACAAGACAACCGACCAGCAAUUCGACAAAUUCCUCAUCCACUUCUCCGAGGGCGAGCCAGUCGAGCGCGGUGCCUUGAUCAUCAACGCGCCUACGGUGCAGCACUCCACCCUGCCUUUCCAGAUGCACUUGAACAUCACGAACGAGAAGAUCGACGUCGUCACGAGCAGCAUGCGCACCAGCAUGGCUGGUGUCUGGGGUAUCGGCGAUGCCAACAGCGACGCAUCGACUAAUGUCCCCCAUGCUAUGUUCAGCGGAAAGAAGGCUGCUGUCUACCUCCACGUGGAGAUGUCCAAGGAGGACUCCCAGUCUAAGAUCUCCAAGCGAAGUGGACUUUCUGAGCGGGAGCUGAUGAAGGAGGCAACCCGCGCUAUUGGAGUUAAUCUAGAGCCCCAGUGGGAGCAGGUUCAGAAGCGUGAAAUGGCCUGA